AUGUACUGUACUAAAUACAAUUUAAAACAUACUUACCGAGUCGUCGCAGCUGGACACCAUGACACCUUGAAAAUCCAGUAUCUCGUCACCAAAUGUUAUGGCUUGUCCAUAGCAGAUCAGCAAUCAAAUCAGCCAGAUAAAAGAUUUUCUAAGCCAACAUGUCUUAAACUAGGCUUAAGAACACUAAAAUGCCUACAACAACUUCAUGAAAUUGGCUUUAUUCACCGAGAUAUCAAACCACAAGUUUUUGUAACAGAUGCUACAGAACCUCAAAAUAUUUAUAUCGUACAUUUUGGUCUCGCACGUCGUUUUAGGACCAGGGAGUGUGCUCACUUACCACGUCGUCCUUCACUAGCUCUGUUAGGAGCAGUGAAGUAUAUUUCACGUAACGCACACAAACGAAAUGAUAGAUCACAGUGUGAUGAUAUUGAAAGCUGGUUUUACGUGUUGAUUGAAAUGUUCAAUCGAGAAUUACUUACUUGGACUGACAAAACUAAGGAAGAAGAGAUUCGUCCUGAAAAAGAAGCAUUCAUGACUGAAAGAGGAUUUCAAAAAACGACAGAACUUUGUCAAAGUAUACCACAAGCAUUCUUUGAAAUACUUCGGCAUAUCAAUACACUAACGUUCGCUGCAAAACCAAAUUUUACUAGGAUGCGAAAAGUACUUAAAAAUGAAAUCGAAGUAAACGAUUUCAAGACUGAACCGUAUGAUUGGAUCAAAGCAGAAGGCAAGAAGAUAAAGUGUACUGAUAACGAUACGAGUUCGAGAUCCGAAGACAUAAAGUCGGAUGUUCGCUCUCCUGUGACAUCACCACCUCGCGUAGAGCCCAUCUGA